AUGACUAGUAUCAACUUGACAGCAGCUGGCUCAGCGACCGAUGCAAUUGACCUAGAGUCUCUUCCUCGCCUUUCGCACCGCGGUGAGGAAGAAGGCAGAGAGCCAGUCGAUAGCAAUGCUUCAUCAGAGGAGACUAUUGCUCCGCCAAAAUGGAAUCAUCCUCCUAUCAACAAAUACCGUACUGCCGCAACAUUUUGGUCAUUUCUUGUUGUUGGAAUGAACGACGGAUCUUAUGGUCUCGAGGAGUAUUACCACAAGAAUCAUACCCUUGUGUCUCUAGUGUUCCUAACGCCCUUUGUUGGUUAUGCUAUCGCCUCUGCUAUCAACAGCCUAAUGCAUGUGCAUUUUGGUCAAAGAGGUGUAGCGUUGCUUGCACCCAUGUGCCAUAUUGUACCAUAUCUUAUCUUCUCCUUCCAUCCUCCUUACCCCGUCAUGAUUUCCAUGUAUGUCCUUGUAGGCAUAGGCAAUGGAUUAGCUGAUGCUGCGUGGUGUUCUUUCAUAGGACAGAUGGUGAACUCGCACGAGAUGUCGGGUAUCCUACAGGCAUGCUACGCCCUAGGGGCCACUAUUGCUCCUCUUGUUGCCACUGGCCUCUCUGGAGAAGGUAUGCCAGGCUGGUAUGCAUUCUUCUAUGUCAUGACUGCUGCGUCACUGGUAGAGCUCAUCGCCUUGACAAUCACAUUUUGGACACAGACUGGAGCCGUCUACUUGUCUGAAGCGCCCUCAGCGUCUGGUGCAAAAUCGGGACGUAUGCGCCAGGUCUUGAAGAACAAACUAUCAUGGAUAUUCGCUUUCUUCGUCUUUGGAUAUUGUGGAGCCGAAGGUAAGCUCAACCGCCUAUCUCGUUGUAAAGUUACCAAUAAUCCUUCUCAAGUUGCUCUUGGCGGCUGGGUGGUCGUCUUCAUGCAAAAGAGGCGUAACGCUUCCGCUAUCGUUGGCAGUUCCGUGGCCACCGGCUUUUGGGGUGGUAUGACAGUCGGGCGGCUCUUUUUAUCCUUGAUAACAGUCCGAUUGGGAGAAUUCUGGGCCAUGUUCCUAUACAUAGGAGUCACUAUUGCUUUGGAGCUGGUCUUUUGGCUGGUGCCAAACCUGAUCGUUAAUGCAGUGGCAGCGGCACUCAUCGGUGUUGCAAUGGGUCCAAUGUACCCAGUUGCAGUUGUUCUCAUCACUAAGAUCAUGCCUCGUUCUUUGCAUGUUGGGACUAUUGGAUUCGCUGCUUCCUUUGGUGGCUCUGGUGGUGCAAUUCUGCCCUUUGCCGUUGGAGCCAUUGCGCAGGCAAGAGGGGUACAAACACUGCAACCCAUUGUCCUCGCUAUUUGCGUUGUGCUUGGCUGUUUGUGGCUACUACUUCCCCGCAGGCCAAUGGUAAAAGAUAACACGGAUGUCAAUGAGAACUCUGUGUAG